AUGGAAACGCUGCCAUGGACAAUGCAGCAGAAUAGGGUUCCUCAAUUCCCCUGCCCUUAUUAUGAAGACCUAACUGAAUCAUCAGAUUUCGAUUUCUCCAUCGAAGUAGCACCACCACCACCACCACCACCACCAUAUUUUUCCGGGCCAAAUUGUGACACUUGGAACACAGGCUUAUCCAGCAGCACAAAUCCGUUACAGAAAAGAAACUCUAUGGAAGCCAUGAGAGAAAUGAUCUUUCGUAUAGCAAUGAUGCAGCCAAUUCACAUUGAUCCAGUUUCAGUGAAGCCACCCAAGAGGAAGAACGUGAAAAUCUCCAAAGAUCCGCAGAGUGUGGCGGCGCGCCACCGCAGGGAAAGAAUAAGCGAGAGAAUAAGAAUUUUGCAGAGACUUGUGCCUGGAGGAACAAAAAUGGACACAGCUUCUAUGUUGGACGAGGCUGUUCAUUACCUUAAAUUUCUCAAAAAACAAGUGCAAACAUUGGAACAAGCAGCAAGUAAUAGGCCAAUUGGGGCUGUGAAUUAUUCGAGCUUAAUGAAAACAUGGCAGCCUGUUCAAAUGGUGGGAUCUGAGCCAAUGCUUAGUUAA